AUGUGUAUCGGGGUUUGGAAAAAAUUUAAAGAAUUUGUUCAUGAAAAAGGCGGAAAUGUGGUGGAUUUGGGUAUCGGUAUAAUUGUUGGUGGUGCUUUCACCAAUGUUGUGACUUCUUUUGUGAUGGAUAUUUUAACACCACCACUUGGUUUAGUACUUCAUGGUUCAAAUCUUGAAAAUUUUUUUAUUGUUAUAAGACCAGGUAAUACACCGAAUGCCAAAUAUAACACAGUUGCUGAAGCCCAAGCUGAUGGCGCAGUAACUGAAAAUGUUGGUAUGUUUAUAAGUACCAUCAUCAAUUUCUUUUUAAUCUGUAUCACAUUAUUUUGGAUAUUUUAUGUUUAUCAUAGUAUCCAAGAAUCUAGGAAACGUCAAAAGAAAGAAUCUACCGAAGAGUGUCAAUGGUGUCAAUCUGAAUUACCGAAAGGUGCUAUCAAAUGUAAAUUUUGUACUAGUUUACUCGCUGAAAAAAUUCCUCCUGAAUAUAAAAGAAAUGAAAUGAAUGCUGAUAGUAGUGGCAGUGGUGGUGCCAAUGAUGCUGAUAAUGAACAGAAAAUUACUUGUCAAAUUGGUUUCCCACCACAGAUUGGUGGUCGUGCUCGCAGUUAUAAACAAGCAAGUGAUUCUUUUAUCGAAGCAUCAGGGAUUGCUACAGCAAUAACUGACGGCCAUGAUCACAGUUAUAGACGAGCUGUUAGAUCGGG